AUUGUUUACAUAUCUGCAAAUGCCGGAGAUCCUGGAACCAAGAGAGAUGAUGAGAAGAAAAGUCAUUAUUCAUACGGUUGGUCCUUUUAUUUUGGUGGACUUUCUUUUAUCAUUGCUGAAAUGAUUGGGGUCCUUGCGGUCAACAUCUACAUUGAAAAGAACAGAGAGGCCCACUGUAAAUCACGUACUGAGCUGAUCAAAAACCCCUCUGCUAUUCUACGCCUACCAAGUUACCGCUUUCGAUACCGCCGACGUUCUAGAUCAAGUUCACGCUCCACUGAACCUUCUCAGUCAAGGGACACGUCUCCUGUGGGAGUCAAAGGGAUACCUUCAACUGACCAUCUCCAUGUACACCUUGUCAAGAGAUACCUCCAAGGCUAAUGUUAGUAGUUUAUAUAAUACAGAGCGCGGAGAUCACAGUUUUCUACAGCUUCACAACUGCUUCCCUAAGGAACCAGGGGUCACCGUCACCGUUACAGGACCAGCCUCUAACACUGGCACCCUGGGCAAGGACGGUUCAAAUACCAACACUCUAAACAGGAAAACCACACCCGUGUAG